AUGCACAGGAAGAUGGGCUAAUUUAAAGUAGCAUCAUGGUCGGCACAGACAUGAUGGGUCGAAGGGCCUCUUCUUGGACAGUAUUGUUCUGUGUAAAAUGCUGCGACUAUUGUAAUGUGAACGUUGAGGUAGGGAGACUAGCCCAGUGACACAUUUGUGUUUUUAACCGGCCUGUUAACAUUUGUAAUGAAUGGGACAGAAAGAUCCCUUUUCCAGAAAUCUUUAUGGCUGAUCCUCAUGUUGUAGUAGGUUAGAAACCUGACUGCAGUUGGCAGGGGUCAAAUUCUGACCCAACUGGGUCCAAACUGGAAGGCAGAACCACAGUGUGCAGCAUUGGGAGGCGGCGGGGAGAGCAAAUGCUGCUGGACCCGAGGGUGUGUGCAGUCCUGUUUUAUUUGACUUGCACGUCCCAGGGUUUGCUGCAGGAAGGAGCGCUGCUCUGAAGUCUGGUGCUCUGUUCGGGAAGGACUGCCUACAUGCGGCUGCUUUAGGAGAGAGGAGCCUGCAUUUCUCCACCGAUGCUCCUUGGCAGGCUUUCCAGCACUGCAUUGUGCUGGCGCCUCUCUCUCCGCCACCCGCGGCGGCUCAGCGAACCCGCUGCGCCCGAACUCAGGGCGUUUAUCGCCGGCAACACGGAGCCAGUGAGAGACCAUCUCACGCCGGAGGUGUGCCUGAGGCUGCUCACUCCCCGCUGCCGCUUCUGGAGCCAGCCGGCCCAUCUGUGGCCCUUCAGCGAUCCCUACUGGGCUAUCUACUGGCCGGGGGGCCAGGCACUCUCCAGAUACCUCCUGGAUAAUCCUGCAGUCACCAGGUCAAAGAGGGUGUUGGACGUAGGAAGUGGCUGUGGUGCCUCUGCUAUUGCAGCUUCUAUGAGUGGGGCAUCUCAUGUUCUUGCAAAUGACAUUGACCCAAUUGCAGCAGUCUCUAUAGGAAUGAAUUGUGAACUUAACCAAAUACCACUACUACUAGUGGCAAUACAAAGUUUAAUUGGAGAGAUGGAAGAAAAAUGGGAUGUGAUUCUUUUAGGUGACAUGUUUUAUGAUGAAGAACUCGCUGCCAAUCUUCACAAUUGGUUGACCGAAUACAAGAAGUUUCACGGAUCAGAGAUUCUGAUUGGGGAUCCAGGAAGAUCACAGUUCACAAAUUAUGCUGCACAGCAUUGCCUGCAGAAGGUCAUAGAAUAUGAGCUUCCCGACUCCACCAGACAGCAGAAUUAUGGACUGACAUCCAGCAGCGUGUGGAGAUUUUUGUUGUAAGACAUUAACUGGGAUAUUAAAUAAAAACCCAAAGAA